AUAAAAAUUGUCGGUUGUAUAAUGUGUUUGAAAACGCUAGUGUUUUGUUCGUUGGUGCUGUUGUUAGUGGAACUUGCGUCAGUGGACAGUUUGAGUGAGGAUGGGGAAGGAGUCUGUGUUGUCCGGCUCAGUUCACGACUCAGAAGAAAGAAGCCAUAUAAUGUGGCCAUCAACAAAUGGUGUGGUCGGAAGAAAUGCGUCGUCAAGAAGUAUAAGUUUGAGACAUACUUAACGUGGACGAACCACACGGUGUGCUGCCACGGCUGGCAGCACAACAGCGAGCUGGACUCGUGCUCGCCCACCUGCAGCACCGGCUGUCUCAGCGGCCGCUGCGUGGCCCCCGACCGCUGCCAGUGCGACCCACCGCUCCGCCUCGACCCCGACCGACCCAAUACCUGCGUCGCGCCCACCUGCGAGCCCUCUUGCCACAACGCCACCUGCCAUGCCAACAACACCUGCGUCUGCAACCAAAACCUCACCGCCUACAACUCCACGCAUUGCUAUCAUUGCGAACCCGGCUACACCGCAGACGAAAACCUCAACUGUGUUCCUGUAUGCGACAAACCAUGUUUCAACUCAACAUGUAGUGCUCCUAACACCUGUAGCUGUAAAGAUGGCUACAAACACAAAAAUAGUUCGGUUUGUGAACCGAUAUGCAAUUGUGUGAAUUCCAUUUGUGUGGCUCCUAACACUUGCACUUGUUUGGAUGGCUACGAGCGGGUGAACAAGACUGCGUGCGCACCAAAAUGUUCCGCUUGCGUCCAGGGAGUUUGUGUGUCACCUGAGAACUGCUUGUGCCACAGCGGCUACGAUAAAGUUAAAGGUGAAUGUAAACCGAAGUGCGCCCAACCAUGUGAGAACGGAUUCUGCUCGGCGCCGAACGUGUGCUCGUGUGACGAGGGUUAUUUGAUGACCAGUGAUAACUAUUGUAUGAAGCCCUGUGACCCCAACUGCAAAGACAUUGACUGUGCACGGAAAAGCUGCAAUACUGCACGAGCUUCGGGCAAUGAUAAUCAGGUCGACGAUUUAAUUUGCGACCGCAAUUAUGAAUUUGACUUCGGAUCGGAUUCCUGCGUGCCCUUUGAUGAUCCAGAGGUCCCGAAAUGCAGUUCGUGCAGGAAUGGACAGUGCGUGGGCCCAGAGAAUUGCCAAUGCUUUGAAGGAUAUAAUAUGACAAACGAAGGUUGCUCACCAAUUUGUUCUGAGCCAUGUACUCAUGGAUAUUGUUCGGCACCCAACAACUGCUCUUGUGAUCCUGGUUAUCAAAAAACAACGGAAGGUUGUAAGCCAGUGUGCUCUUCACCCUGUAUGAAUGGGUACUGCUCAGCGCCUAAUAAUUGCUCUUGUAAUCCUGGAUAUCACAAAACGAAAGAGGGUUGCAAGCCGGUCUGUUCUUCAGCCUGCUUGAAUGGAUACUGUUCAUCACCCAAUAACUGCUCCUGCAACAAAGGGUAUCGAAAGGUAGGGGAUGUGUGCAGGCCGGUCUGUUCUGCAGCCUGCCUUAAUGGAUAUUGUUCAUCACCCGACAGCUGCACCUGCAACGAAGGGUAUCAUAAAGAAGGUGAUGUGUGCAAGCCGGUCUGUUCGAAAUCCUGCACCAAUGGUCACUGUACUGCACCUGAGUACUGUACCUGUGAAGAAGGCUAUAAAACGAAUCAGACGGACUACAGUCUCUGUUUCAAACCUUGUCUAACUGCUUGCGCUAACGGUAGCUGCGACUUGGAUGGAAUUUGUGUCUGUUUCUCUGACUUCGAAUACGACAACGAUACACAGACGUGUGUACCUAUGAAACCCAUCAGCUGUUUCGAGUGUAGCGGUACGUGCUCGGCGGACGGAGACUGUCAGUGCGCUGACAGCAGGCCGUGUUACAUGGAGUCGGCCCCGGCAGAGCGUGUCAGUAUGGCUGGUUUGGACCUAACGCUGAUAUCGAUCGGCGGCGCCUGCCUUUUCCUCUUCAUCCUCAUCGUCGUGGUGAUGCAGAGGAUCUACCACAAGAGGCACAAGUAUGAAAGCAAGCCCACUACGGACAAACCAGUUUUCGGGAGCGUGGUGUACACAGUACCAAACACGCUGAUUCAACCAAGAGUUAACGAAGAAGACAACGAAGGUUCUUGCGAUGAAGAUACCAACGACACGCUACUACGGAAUGAAGCAGAAAUACCUUGAUGACGUCAUACUUAAAUGAACCGAUAGUUUAAGGCUGUAAACUUAAUUAGAUUAUAGUUCUUUUAUUUAUUUUAAGGCAAACGAUGAUUGGUUUUGCAUGUAUGUGAAGUUAAGGUGUGUGUUGCUCAGUAUGCUGUAACAGCUAAGUGUCUAUAGAUGUAUAAAGAAAUAAUGUUGACGAUUGAAAUACGAAAUGUUGACUGAAUCGGAAAUAAAUUAAUAACAGAAUUA